AUGCGGAGCAACUUUCAGAAGAGAAAUUCAAAUAAUCUGGGCCUUCCGUAUGAUUAUACCUCGAUCAUGCAUUACCCACGGUAGGUUAAGCUCUAAAUUAGAGAUGUGACGAGCUUUGUUAUAAUGAUCUUUUCCAUUUCCUGCAUCUUUACAACAAUAUGUCACCUCUUUCUUUACAGAACUGCUUUCUCCACCAUAAAUGGUAAAAGUACUAUAGUGCCAAAACCUGACCCUAAUGUGAAUAUUGGACAGAGAGAUGGGAUGAGUCAUCUGGAUGUAAAGAAAAUACAUAUACAAUAUAAAUGCAGUAAGUUUUUUUUUUUUUUUUUUUAAGGUAUACUGUUUCUAUUGCUGGCAACAGAUCUAAUUUCAAGCAAAAUUAUAAUAUUGAAAAUAUGGUAAUGUCAUGUGCCAAGGUUACUGAAAAUAGCUAUUGUUUAUUAAUAAAAUUCUGAUUCUGACAAUGUGACAUUUCCACCAGUUUUUCAAACAAAAUCCAAAUUUUCUGUUUUUAGCUCUCUGUCGGACAAAGUUUACACAAUUUACUUCCGGCUCUUUCUCAUCUGACGACAUCACCUUUGGAAAAGAUAAAACCUGUAUCUGGUCUUUUCAAACUCCAUCGCCCCGUAAGGUUAAUAUAAAACUAAUUUGAUAAAUUCAAUGUUCCCGGUCACAGUUAGCGUUUUGUUCUCCUCUUCGUGGACAUUCAGAUUAUUAGGUGUUCGGAUGCAAUUUGGGAAAGAGAUUUUAUGGAUUAAAUGCCAAAUUGCUUUCUAGUUGAAAUGUCAAAAAGCAUUAAACAUUAUAAGAUGUUUAGUAUAUAAAAGGGCGGAUAAUGAAUUAUGAAAAAUCACUUUACCAGAAAAUUUCUCUCUGAAGCAAAUUUAGAAAUGCAUAUUACAAUUCUAGGAUAUCUCUGUUUUGCAUAUAAUUAUAGAAAAGACAUGGCAUUGAGAAAAGCAAUUGAUACAAGACAAUGAUUGAUACAGGGAAAGCCUCUUAAAUGUAACACUGUAAUUCAUAUCUGUAUACUAAUUUGUUCAUUGGUAUUUUCAAAUAGUCUGAAUACGGCAUGAAUUCCAUCUGUCAGUGACCAAAAGAUGCCAAUACCAAAUUAAAAUGUGUUUAAGUGCAUGCACAGCGCCCUAACAACUACUGUUUGCUAUAAUUAUGAAGAAAAAUAAAUUAGUGUCAGAUGUGCACUAAAUUGGUUGCUAUCUAGACGAAUAUUCCAUUGGCUUUAAAAGUUGUUGCACUGGCUUUUAUCACUUUUCCUGUUAUAAAUGGCUAUGAAGGCAGACCAACAUUUAUAUAUAGAUUUGAGCGAACCCGGAUUGUAAAGUUCGAGUUCGUAACGAAUAUUACAUUUUUUGGACCCCGGACCCGAACACGGACAUAUCAGUGUAUGUUUGGGUUGGCGUUCAGUGUUCGGCGAUUUAAUGAUGCGUUUUGAAAGGCUGUAGGGCAGCCAACCAACAAGCGUUUCACUCGUGUGCCCAUAGAAGCCAUCACAGACAUACCUACUAAUGGCAUGGCUCUGAUUUGGCCAGUGCAGCAUGUGACCCAGCCUCUAUAUAGGCUGGUUACUUAGUAUUAAUAAAUUAUGCCCCUACUCUCUAUACAGCGAGUAGGGGCAUGUCUAUUAAACAGUGAGCAGCCUGUUAAAAAAUAAUAAUAAAAAAAUAAUUCCCCCCUCCUGAGCCCCCACCCGUGACGCGUGAGUGGGGGCUUUUAAACUAAAGGGGGGGGUGAGGUCCCUAACGAUCAAUAAGGGGGGGCUAUUGUCCUCUCCCCUGGCCCCCACCCAUGAGAAAUGGGUGGAGGCCCUAAAUAUCAAUAAGGGACCUAUUGUCCUCCCCCCCUGGCACCCACCCCUGAGCGGUGGGUGGGGGCCCUAAAUAUCAAAAAGGGGGGGACCAAUUGUCCGCAACCUGGCUCCCACACCUGAGCGGCCGGUGGGGGCCCUAAAUACCUAUAAGGGGGGUACCUAUUGUCCUCCCCCCUGUCCCCCACCCAUGAGCGGUGGGUGGGGGCCAUAAAUAAAAAUUGGGGGGGACCUAAUGUCCAACCCCCGGCCCCCACCCCUGAGCGGUGGGUGGGGACCUAAUGUCCUCCCCCCUGGCCCUCACCCCUGAGCGAUGGGUGGGGGCCAUAAUUAAAAAUUGGGGGGGACCUAAUGUCCUCCCCCCUGUCCCCCAACCCUAGUUGGUGGCUGUCACUGUAAAAAAUAAAUAAAAUAAAUCCCCCCUCCUGAGCCCCCACCCACGACGAGCGAGUGGGAGCUUUUAAACUAAAGAGGGAACCAACUGUCCCCCCCCUGGCCCACACCCCUGAGCGGUGGUGAGGGCCCUAACUGUCAACAAGGGGGGCACCCUAUUGUCCUCCCCCUGGCCCCCACCCCUGGGCGGUGGGUGGGGGCCCUAAAUAUCAAUAAGGAGGGGACCUAUUGUCCUCCUCCCUGGCCCCCACCCCUGAGCGGUUUGUGGGGGCCAUAAAAAAAAUUGGGGGGGACCUAAUGUCCUCCCCCCUGGCCCUCACCCCUGAGUGGUGGUGAGGGCCCUAACUGUCAAUAAGGGGGGGACUAUUUUCCUCUCCCCUGGCCCCCACCCCUGAGUGGUGGGUGGGGGCCCUAAAUAUCAAUAAGGGGGCGACCUAUUGUCCUCCCCCCUGGCCCCCACCCACCCCUGGGUGGGGGCCAUAAAAAAAAUUGGGGGGGGACCUAAUAUCCUCCUCCCUGGCCCUCACCCCUAAGCAGUGGGUGGGGGCCAUACAUAAAAAUUGGGGAUGGGAACCUAAUGUCCUCCCCCCUGGCCCCCACCCCUGAGCAGUGGGUAGGGGCCCUAAAUAAUAAUUUAACACCCUCAAGUGACUAGGGGUCCCCAAACCCCUAGUCACCCCCCUCCCCCUAAAAAAAUAACCCCUACCUACCCCCCUCAUCCUAAAAAUAAAGAGGGGGCCCUUAUCUAAAUACCUGUGUAAAAAAAAAAAAAAAAAAAUAGACGUACCAUUUGAUAUCUUCUUUUUUCAGCCCCAAAAAAGGCCAAAUAAAAAUCCAUUCUAACUUUAAAAAAAAAUAAAAAAAUAAAAAAAUUUCACCCAUGGAGGGCUCCGCACAGACUGAGCUCUGCAGGGCGGGGCAAGGCCUACAAAGCCUUGCCCUGCCCUGCAUUUAGGCUUAGAGCACUCUGAUUGGUGUGUUCAAGCCAUCCACUCAGAGUGCUCUGACAGGUAAAUGAAGAGACUGACAGGUAAGUCUCUACAUUUACCUGUCACAGCACUCUGAUUGGUUGGCUUGAAAUCCACCAAUCAGAGUGCUGUGUGUCAUUUUACACAGCGUGGGAAAGUUCUUUGGAAUUUUCCCAUGCUGUGUAAUUUGACUCAUAACACUCUGGUUACUUAAAGGGACACUAUAGUCACCUGAACAACUUUAGCUUAAUGAAGCAGGUUUGGUGUAUAGAACAUGGUCCUGCAGCCUCACUGCUCAAUUCUCUGCCAUUUAGGAGUUAAAUCCCUUUGUUUAUGAACCCUAGUCACACCUCCCUGCAUGUGACUUGCACAGUCUUCCAUAAACACUUCCUGUAAAGAGAGCCCUAUUUAGGCUUUCUUUAUUGCAAGUUCUGUUUAAUUAAGAUUUUCUUAUCCCCUGCUAUGUUAAUAGCUUGCUAGACCCUGCAAGAGCCUCCUGUAUGUGAUUAAAGUUCAAUUUAGAGAUUGAGAUACAAUUAUUUAAGGUAAAUUAUAUCUGUUUGAAAGUGAAACCAGUUUUUUUUUCAUGCAGGCUCUGUCAAUCAUAGCCAGGGGAGGUGUGGCUAGGGCUGCAUAAACAGAAACAAAGUGAUUUAACUCCUAAAUGACAGUGAAUUGAGCAGUAAAAUUACAGGGGAAUGAUCUAUACACUAAACUGCUGUAUUUAGCUAAAGUAAUUUAGGUGACUAUAGUGUUCCUUUAAUCCACCAAUCAGAGUGUUAUGAGUCAAAUUACAUUCCGUGGGAAAAUUCCAAAGAACUUUCCCAUGCUGUGUAAAAUGACACAGAGCAUUCUGAUUGAUUAGCUUGAAAUUCAGCCAAUCAGAGUGCUCUGUGUCAAUUUACACAGCGUGGGAAAGUUUUGGGGAAUUUUCCCACCCUGUGUAAUUUUACUCAUAACUCUGAUUGGUUACUUUCAAUCCACCAAUCAGAGUGUUGUUAUGAGUCAAAUUACACAGCAUGACACGGAGCACUCUGAUUGGUGGAUUUUAAGCCAACCAAUCAGAGUGCUGUGACAGGUAAAUGUAGAGACUUACCUGUCAGUCUCUUCAUUUAUGUGUCAGCACUCUGAUUGGAUUUCUUAAACCCACCAAUCAGAGUGUUCUGAGCCUAAUUGCAGGGCAGGGCCAGGCGUUAUAAGCCUUCCGCAGCCCUGCAGAGCUCAGUCUGCGCGGAGCCCUCCAUGGGUGAAAAUGAAUUUAUUUUUUUUGCGCUCAAUUUUUUUUUUUUUUAAAGUGCAUCGGUUAUUAUGGAUUUUUAUUUGCCCUUUUUUGGGGCUGAAAAAAGAAGAGUUUAGAAGAAUGAAGACAAAUGGUAAGUCUAUUUUUUUUUUUACAGGUAUUUAGAUAAGGGUCCCCCCUCAUUAUUUUUAGGAUGAGGGGGAAGGAAGGGGUUAUUUUUUGGGGGGAGGGAUCCCUAGUCACUAGUGGUUUGGGGAUCCCUAGUCACCAGGGGGGGUUACAUUUUUAUUUAGGGUCCCCACCCGUCGCUCAUGGGUUCGGGCCGGGGGGAGGACAGUAGGUCCCUCCCCCCUUAUUGUUAUUUAGGGCCCCCACCCGCCGUGCAGGGUUGGGGGCCAGGGAGGAGGACAGUAGGUCCCCCCCUCCACUCAUCGCACAGGGUACUUGACAGGGCCCCCACUCAUCGAACAGGGUACUUGACACGCCCCUACUCGUGGUAUAGCGUAAUCUUUACUUAGUAUUUGUAAGUUUGGCUGAAAGACCAAUUUAGGUCUUUCAGCCUUUUGGUAGAUAGCUCCCUAAUACCAUUGGAAUUAGGGAGUUAUCUACUAAGCGGCUGCUUAUUUUAUGUUAUUUUAACCUAUCCACAUUUGUUUGCAGGGCACUUGUGCUACUCUUACCCCCAUGUUACUUCCUUUUGCAACCCUCUAGCCCUUUUCAGGACUUUUUUAGAGCCAUUUUUGUGCCCAAAAGUUCAGGUCCUCAUUGACUUCAAUGGGAUUCGGGGUCAAGUUCGAUCCCGAACCCGGAGAUUUUUCUGAAGUUCCGCCGACCCGAACAUCCAGGUGUCCGCUCAACUCUACUUAUAUAUUCUUUUUAAAUUAAAGUAUGUAUUAGUUCCUAUGGAUAGCUUUCAAAUAGAUGUAAUACCUAAUGCCCGGAAAUAUGCAACAGAGAAAAACAGAGUAUGGAUUAUCUCUUUACAUUAAAUAGAAAAUCUACUUAUGUCAUCUUUCAUAUUAAUGUAUUUUCAUGUUCAUUUGUACCAUAUACAAAGAGUUGUCAUUAAUGGUGAAUUGUCAGGCUGGACAAAAGUUGUAAGUGGGGUCCCUCAGGGUUCUGUUUUGGGACCGCUUCUAUUUAACAUGUUUAUAAAUGAUCUUGAACUAGGCAUUGAAAGCCAUGUUUUAGUGUUUGCAGAUGACACAAAACUUUGUAAAGUGAUACAUUGUGAGCAGGCAGGAUAUUACUUUGCUGCUGAGGGAUUUAGAUAGAUUGGGGGACUGGGCACUAAAAUAGCAGAUGAAAUUUAAUGUAGAGAAAUGCAAAGUUAUGCACUUUGGGGUCAAGAAUGCACAAGCAACUUACACCCUAAAUGGUAGUGAGUUAGGGAUAACCACACAUGAUAAAGGAUUUGGUAAUUGUUAUAUACAACAAAUUACACAGCAAUAUGCAAUGUCAAUCUGCAGUAAGGCCAGUAAGGUUUUGUCAUGUAUAAAUAGGGACCUAAAUUCUCGUGAUGAAAAUAAUAUUUUGCAUCUUUAUAAAUCGCUGGUAAGACCACACCUUGAAUAUGCUUUUCAGUUUUGGGCACCUGUUCUAGAGAAGGAUAUCAUGGCACUUGAAAAAGUGCAGAGACAAGCUACAAAAUUGGAAAAAGGAAUGGAGCAUUUUAUUAACGAAGAAAGAUUAAAACAUUUAAAAUCUUUAGUUUAGAAAAGUGGUGCCUCAGAGGGGAUCUGAUAACAUUAUACAAAUAUAUUCGGGGCCAGUAAAAAACCUUUAUCUGGAAAUUUAUUCAUAAACAGGGCUAUACAUAAGACACAAGGUCACACAUUUAGGCUGGAAGAAAGGAGAUUUAAUCUAAGGCAAAGAAAAAGGGUUUUUUACAGUAAGAACUAUAAGGAUGUGGAAUUCUCUGCCUGUAUAAGGUUGUUUUUGUCAGAGUCCAUACAGAUGUUUAAACAGCAAUUGGAUACAUACUUCCAAAAACAUAACAUACAGGGAGAUAAUUUUUAAUUAGUGGGGUAAUAACUGCUUGAUUCAAGGAGAUAUCUGACUGUCAUUUUGGGGUCAAGAAGGAUUUUUUUUCCUAGUUUGUUGCAAAUUUGGAAGCACUUCAGACUGGGUUUUUUGCCUUCUUUUGGAUCAACCGCAAAAGAAUAUGUAAGGAAGGCUGAACUUGAUGGACGCAAGUCUCUUUUCAGCUUUGUAACUAUGUAAUAUAUAUCGAUGUAAUUGAGCUAUUCUCAUUGUAUAUUCUGUACUUAGGUUUAUCUGGAAAUCAGUAAAAUCAAUAUCCCACAAUCAUCUGGGUGCAGUGACUCCUACUUGAAAAUUUACAAUGGUGACAGUCGUGAAUCAAAAGUUCUUCAGGACAAGGCCUGUGGGUCUACACUAAUCCCUCCUUUUGUUUCUACUCAAAAUAACCUGCUGAUGGAGUUUGUGAGCAAUCGGGAAGCUUCUCAAAGCAAAUUUAAAGUUCACUAUAAGGCAGGUAAAUCCUAUUUUAGAAUAGUUUGACUUCGGGUCUGCCAGAUGCCGCUCAAUCAUUAUACAAUGCUUUUUUAUGGGGAAGUCCCAAGGUGAGCUUGGCCAUCACCCCGCAUGAGCAUUAAGUCCCCCCCCUGCCGGCUGAUAUCAGCCCCGGAAUCAGGUAAGUGACAGAAGUUUUUUUUUUUUUAUCUUGUUCUGCAUUGGAGGGCAGGGGUAUUGGAUAAAAUAUUAAAAAAAAAUCAAUAUACAAAAAAACUAAGUAUUAAAUAAUAUUUUGUACAAUAUUAAAAUAUUUUAAAUGUUAAUUCAAAAAUAUUAAAUCAUUUGAAAAGCUUAUCCAAAAAUAUUAAAUUGAGGCCAAAGUUGUAAAUGAGCCCAUAGAGUAUCUCAUGGAGGGUAAAUCACGUCCAGGCUGGUCUAAUUAGAUGGUGACCAUUUGUAUAUUUAUAAAGUGUUCCUUGAUCAGUGAAGCACCCAUCCACAUAUUGAUUGACACAAUAUAAAAUUAUCAUUUGUAUUUGUAAUACAUGUAUUCAAUUCUAUUUUUUACCUGCAGUUUCUAAUGGAAACACUUUAUUUGAAGAUAAUGGGUCUGUGACAUCACCAUCAUAUCCUUCAUUGUAUCCUGAAAAUGAAGAUGUUAUUCAUACUAUAAUAGCACCAUCCGGUAAAAAGGUGAGGCAAUGUUAAGGGUUCUAAACUGGACCUAUCAAUUUUAAAGGGAUAUGGUAGGCACUAUAACCAUUUUAUCUCAUUGAAUGAUUGAAUUGAUUAUUUCUGAUGACUUAAAGGUAGGCAGACAAUGUAAUAGAGCAGCAGGAAAUGCUAGCAGAAUGCUUGGUUGUAUAGGGAGAGAUAUUAGCAGUAGAAUGAGGGAAGUGCUCAUACAAUUGUACAGAACACUGGUGAGACCUCACUUGGAGUAUUGUACGCAGUACUGGAAACCGUAUCUCUAGAAGGAUAUUUAAACUAGUUCAUGGUUAAUAAACUAGUUCAUGGAUUGCAUGAUAAAACUUACAAGGAAAGGUUAAAGGAUCUUAACAUGUAUAGCUUGGAGGAAAGACGAGACGGGGGGAUAUGAUAGAAACAUUUAAAUAAAUAAAGGGAAUCAACACAGUAAAGUAGGAGACUAUAUUUCAAAGAAGAAAAACUACCACAACAAGAGGACAUAGUCUUAAAUUAGGGGCAAAGGUUUAAAAAUAAUAUCAGGAAGUAUUAUUUUACUGAGAGGGUAGUGGAUGCAUAGCCUUCCAGUUGAAGUGGUAGAGGUUAACACAGUAAAGGAGUUUAAGCAUGCCUGGGAUAUGCAUACGGCAAUCCUAACUAUAAGAGGCCAGGGACUAAUGAAAAUAUUUUUUAAAAUUGGGCAGACUAGAUGGGCCGAAUGGUUCUUAUUUGACGUCACAUUCUAUGUUUCUAUGUUUCUAAUAGUGAGUCAGGAUUCCAGCAAUAGCCAGUUUAGCUCUUUUAACAUGUGACAAUGGUAGGUUUGCGAUGCAGGUGCAUACACUACAUCCCCAUAAUCAAUGGCCGGCAUUAGCAUUUGUUGCACUAUCAGUUUCCUUACUGUAGGACUCAGGCAGGAUUUGUUUCUGUACAGGGCACCCAGUUUUAGAAAAGAAGAGGUUUUUUUCAAUGUGAAGGCCAAAGGAUAGAUUGGGGUCUAGCAACAUACCUAUAUAUUUGAAAGAACAGACUGCAGUCAGUGUGCUAUUUGAAUUUCAUCUGAUACAUAGUUGUUGAUUUUGUAGUUUAAGUAAUUUAGGUACAGUUCCAAACAUCAUUGUAACCAUUUUGUCAGUUUUUAGGAAGAGUUUGUUAACAGCUAUCCAUUUUUCUACCUCUGUGAACUUCUGCGGUAGAUUGGGUUUACUAGUGUAGAUUAGUGUCAUCUGCAUACACAUGUACAGUUGAGGAUUUGCAGACGUUAGGCAGAUCAUUUAUAAAUAAUGUGAUAUCAGAAAUGGUCACAUAUUGCAAUCGGUCUGAUACAUAUGAUCGAAACCAGGUUAGUGGACGGUCACCAAUACCUACAUUUUUAAGUUUUUGCGAUAUUAUGCCAUAGUCUGCUAUGUCAAAGGCUCUGGCAAAAUUUAAGGAAAAAUCUCCAGUAAAGUCUCCUUGUUCCAUGCAAAUUUGCAUGUCAUUGCAAACUUUUAAUAAGGAAGUCGAAGUUGAGUGAUUUGAUAAAAGCCUGAUUGCUCAGGGGUCAGAUAGGUUGAUUGUUGAUAACAUUCACAUAAUUGCGUGUGGACACAUUUUUCCAAGAUUUUUGGCAAUACUCGGAGCAUUGAUAUUGGACUAUAGUUAGAUACCAAAGUAUUGUCACCACUUCUAUGGUUAAGUACUACUUUUGCAGUCUUACAAAAUGUGGGUAUGUAUUCAGACAUCAGGGAUUAAUUGAUUCAUGUGCAUGGGUGGUAAACGGCAUGUGCAUUAGAGCUUCCUCAUAGGAAAGCAUUGAAUCAUUGCUUUCCUAUGGGAAAUGUGAAGAUGUUAGAUGUCUUCACACUUCGUAAUUUUACAGAGUUUAACUCUUUAGAGUCCAAUAAGCACCUCUAGUGGCUGUCUUCUCUGAAACAUCAAUGUUUUGCAUUACAGAAUUAAGGGGAUAGCAGCACUGCACCCAGACCAAUUCAACCCAAUUUCAAUCCCAUAUUCUAUUAUUUAUAAACAAAAUAGUAAAAAAACAUAAGACACAUAGAUCAUUUAAAGAACUAUAGGCUGGUAGAAUACAUUUAGAUUAUCUGUACAAAACUUACUUUCGGAGGUGAAAGAUAUAGUGAAGAAGCCAGCUCUGAUCCUGAAUUCCAUACGUUAGAUCUAUAGGCAGAUAGCGGUGUUGCCACAGUAGAUUAAAAAUAUGAGUUUCUACUCUAGACUGAGUAUAUUGGAAUAAUGUAAGUGACAUUUUGAUCUUGUAUUUUAUAGAUUAUACAAUUUUGGGGUGAUAUUUGAUAGAAUAAAUGAUAGAAAUGAUUAAAUAAAACAUAUACAUUGCAGUGGAUAAAAAUUUAAAAAACAGACAACAUAAAUAACUGUCUUGGGUACUCCAUAAAUACAGUGAAAGAUUCUGACACCCAGAUUAAGUGAGAUUAUUGCUGCUUUCGAUGGAAUGACACACAUGCCCAUAGAAAUUUACAGAAAAAAAACUAAAACCACUGUGCAUUAAAACCUACAAAACAGUCCACAUAAGUAAUUACCAUGUGCAUUCCAUAAACAGAGUGACAGAUUAUGACACUAAGAUUAAGCAAGAUGAUUGCUGCAUUCCACCGAAUGACAACCAAAUGGCCAAAGAUAUAACUCAUAAAAACUGAAACAGAAGUGGAUUCAAAGACUGUCAUGGAGGCAGAUAGUGGCACUCCUUUCACCAUAACCACAACUGCACGAUGUAGUAUUUAUGGUUCUUGAAGUUUUCUUUUAGUGUCUAAAAACAUUCAGUGGUGUCAUUCACCUUUGUCAUUCCAUAUAAAGCAUUAUUUAUUUGGCCUAAUCUGCAUAUUAGGGCAACAUCUGCAUAGUUCGGGACUAUCCAUGAUAAUUGUGUUAACUGUUUUGUAGUUGUUAAUUCUCGGUAGUAGUAUUCUUUUUUGCAUUAAUAUCUAUUGCUAUUCAGUUCUGUCAUUCACCUUUCUCAUUCCAUUUAAUACCACAAUAAACUAUCUUAAUUUGAUAUAUUUAUUGUGGUGGACCACCAGAGUAUCAUCGCCACAGAUUCCCUUUCCCUAGUGUGAAGUAGCUCUAUCCGACUGUUGAAGUGAUUAUAGCUGGUAUACCUUCCCUCCCCCAAUACAUUAGUUGAGACUGAAUGUUGGGAUUAGAUCUGGUUUAUUAGGCCAAACAGACAGACAUAAUUUAUACACAAACCCUCAGCAUUGGGUCUCCAUACAAAACAUAAACUCCUCCCCAGCGCCUUUAUGUCUGGGAUAUAAUUGAGUCUAAAACUUUGUAAUUCAAUAUCUCCCAGGUACAGGAAUACAUACAUAAGUUAUACACAAAACACCCCAAAAGUAUCCCAGAUAUUAACAGGAACCCCACAAGAGUCAUAUCCCAGAAAAAGCCUUGAUCUGAGCGCCUAAGCUGACCAAAUUGCACUCAGAACGGUUUCGGUAGAAUAGAAUCGCCACUGGGGUAAAGUUUUGACUGCCCGGCCAUGAGGUGCAAGCCCAAAACUGUUCCAUGGAAAUGUUUGCAACGGCCAGUCUCAGUUCAGGGGUUCCUGUGCGAAUAUCAUAUAACAGAUACCUUUUUUUCAGGAAGCAAAUGUUCCCCUAUUCAGUAGUUCAUGUCUCCCAAACAUCGCUAGAAUAGCUGGUUGGGAAGUAGGACGGGCAGCGGUACAAUCUUUACCGAGGUUCAUGCGAGUAUAUAGCUGAAAAGAGUUCCAGACGCUCAAUGUACUGCUGCCUGCAUUCAGGAGACAAGAUGGCCAUGCUUUUGUCGACCAUGUGUGUUCGGUUACACGAAAUGGCGGCCACCUAGGGAAAGCACUUAUUAAUUACUUCCCUUGCGGUUUCACAGAUAUGUUAAUGGAUUUGUCAGGGUUCUUAUGAGGUACUAGGGUGGUCCUCCCGAAUUAAUAGCUCCAGAACGGAUGAAAAGUUUGAAGUUUUUAAACAAGUGAUUGGGUUAUUCCGUCACAUUUAUUAAGCAUAUUUAUUAAAUAAAUAACAUAUAAAUAUAGAUUUUUUUUUUGCUAAUUCUCCUUUUUCCUCUCUUCUGGUCAUUUCUCACUUGAUCUAUGAGUAAAUUUAUGACUAUACACUAACCACUGUUUUUCCCAUCAGUCAUCUCAGAUGAAGCUCUGAAUCACAAAUCAAACUAGCAUGCUCAUCGUUUGUGCGAGUCAAUUAGUCAUACGUCCAAAUGGCAAAGAGUUACAGAAUUUGGAUGACCCUAUGAUUAACCUAAGAAAAAACAUGGAAAUAUAUACUGGCGCUAGAUAUGCAAUAAAUAUAAUAGAUAAUAAUGUUAUAUACCAAUUAUAUAUAAUAGCUGCUGUGACACCCAGUGAAGGCUUUCCUCUUACACCAAUCACAUAAACAAAAACACAAAAAAAGGUGUAGCGCUAUAUAUAUAUAUAUAAAAAAGAGUUUUUACAGACCCAAGGGGUAUUCCCACAAGAGCUGGUAUAUUCUGUAAGGAAUGUUCCUAGACCAUAAAUUAGAACUCCAAUAGUAUAAUACUGAUAUAUAUUAAAGUCCUUGGAUUAACUCACAUUUUCCUGAGCUAUGAACUGGUUCAUAGCUCAGGAAAAUGUGAGUUAAUCCAUAUAAUAUAUAUAUAUAUAUAUAUAUAUAGACUUUAAUACAUAUCAGUAUUAUACUAUCGGAGUUCUAAUUUAUGUUCUAGGUACAUUCCUGACAGACUAUACCAGCUCUUGUGGGAAUACCCCUUUGGUCUGUAAAAACUACGAUUGACCUAACUUCGGGUGAAAAUGAAUGCACAAGUCAAGUUGCUAUUGGAUGGCAUAUUAUCAUUAUUAAACAUAGUGAUGGUGUUGAAACUAAGCAGUAAUACUUAGUGUUCACCUAUAGUCUAGUGGUUAAAGGAUCACUAUAAGGAACACUCUACUACACUGACCUAUAGUGGUUAUGGUGACAGAAAGGCACAGGCAUCUCCCAUCAGUACAUUAUUUUUGAAUGGUUUGACUUCUUACCUGCUAAGCUUGGUUGAAAUCUAUCAACAGCCAUUCUCUGCUAAUGAACUAGCCUAGAACUGCAGAGUUUUGCUCAGGAGAAAUACUGGAAGCUCCCAAGCAGGAGAUUUCAGCUCUGUGGAAUGUAGUGAAGGCAGUGUUCCAGUUCUAAUACAGUUUUACCACUUCUAAUAGGGGAGUGCCAGGGAACUCCUGGUAUAAUUUUAUUUUUAUUUUUGCAUGGUUUCUGCUAAAUCAGAUAAAAACAAACAUUGCUUAAGAUAUCACAUGCAGUGACUAUAUUAUUUUAUAUUUUUAUUACUAUUUUAGUACAUUAUUUUAUGCAACACAUAAUAAAGUAAACCUGCAUCCCCAGCAUGUUCACCAUACAGAGACUUAGUGAGUGAUGCAAAUGUAAUGUGUCCAAUAUUUAAAGCUGGUAUUUACUAUAUAUAUUAGGAAAAUAUACAUUUGAUAACUACAUUACACUUUUAGAAAAAUGAAGAAUAACCCAAAUAAACAUGCCCACAUUACCAAACUGAAUCAUAGCUUGUUUCAUUCCACCCCAUGAUUUAUUGGCCAGCAGCUUACUACGUGUAUUUUAUUUCACAAUUAAUGGAAGCCUAUGCUCAAACACAAACUGUCACCCCCAAAGUAGAGAAAAACGCUCUCUAAUCUGCCAGCCUCUCUAGGAAACAUACAGGUUGGCAGGCAGUAAGCAGCACAUUGAGAGCCAUGAGCAUAAGUCAUUUCAUGAAUAAAAAUGAAAAAAACUAGGGGUGAAUGCCUAAAGAUAGGGAAGCAAUCAGAGGGGAUGAUAGAGAAGGAGGCAGCUGGUAUUGUCUGUGUAGUAGAAGAUGUACCACGUCAGGCUAUCUACCCAGCAGGAAUAUUCUCUACUAAAUGUUGGGCAGUUUCUACUGUAAACUUGGAGCAGAGUUUGCUCCUGGAUCAUGAAUUUUCUUGAUCCUAUUUUAACGCAAAGAUGAAUUUACUGGCACAGCUGGUUUUAAAUAACUGCUAAAAUCUAACCCUGCAAUGCUGUCCUCAUUUUUAGCACCAGAUACUACUUUGUAUUUAAAUGUCCGAGCAAUACUGAAAAAUGGUGAAGUACAGUGUGAGUUUAUAUACUUAGUUAUAGGGACACUAUGGUCACCAGAACAACUACAGCUUAAUGUAGUUGAUCUGGUCAAUAUAAUCAGUCCCUGCAGGCAUUUUCAUGUAAAAAUGAAAAAGGCAGUGUUUUCAGAGAAAAGGCAGUGUUUACAUUGCCCCCUAGGGGCAUCCCCAUUUGCCACUCCUCAGAUGGUCCCUGGAGGUGCUUCCUGGGCAGUGCUGCACAGUGUGCAGAACUGCUGUUUAUUGUCCCCAUGCUCUGCAUGGGAAUGCAUUGAUUCAAUGCAUCUCUAUGAGGAGGAGUGUCUAAUUGGCCAAGACAGUGUUUGGCCCCAGAUCCUUCCCGCCUCCUUUCUCUAUGGAAUAGAAUUGGAUUGGCUGAGAUCAUGAAUUCUGAUAAUGAUGCUAUCUGGGGCGGGCCCAGCACCAGUAGGAAAUAAGGCAAGUGUUAUUACCAUUUAAGGGGGCUAAGGGAGGGCAAGCCACCUAACUGGUGGUUUUAACACCAUAGGGUAAGUAAUACACAUUUGUGUUCCCGAAUUAGAUUUCCUAAAUGCAAGCAGAAUGUGUUAUCAUAGAUCUGGCUAUAGCGUUAAUGACAUUUACAGUUAAAUCACUAAACUUGCUUACCACAUCUGAUACAUUAUCAUAACAGUAAUCUAGUUUAGGUCCCCUUUCCUCCUGUUAGAUUUAAGCAUAAUGGACCUGCGACAUAUGUACAUGUUUUCUUGAGGGGUUGCGUGACAUAUUCACAAUCUGCACAUACACUGAACUAAAGAUUAAACUUGUGUGAGAUCAGUGAAAGACAAAAAAUAUAAUUUUACACUGCUUCCGAAUCUAACCUGUGCUUUUAUGAAGUUAUAAUGACACACACAGUCCAUCUGUACGUAGGUUGGAAGGUAAGGAGAUCAUGUUGAGUUUGUCACAAAUCAAAGGCAACUCUAGAAAUAUUCUCUUGUAAAUGUUUGCCUUUAUCUUUUAGGUGUCUCUGAAAUUCAUUAGGUUUCAAAUAGAAUAUUGCAAAUUUACUUGUUCCUGCGUCUGUGACUACUUGAAGAUAUCUGAUGGAACCUCCUUAAAUGGGGCACUUCUGGGCAUAUUCUGUGGGUUUGCUGCACCUUCUGCUAUGGUAUCGACACAAAAUGUAGUUGUAAUACAUUUUCACAGUGAUGGCUUAAAGAGUGCAGGUGGAUUCCAUCUACAAUAUAAUUUUGGUAAGGAACAGAUAUGA